AUGGGUUUUGGAUAUGUUGAUGUUGCUGCAAUGUCAUGCUUUCUUCCUCUGUUGCUGUUCUUCUCUUCCACGGUUCCACACUUCCACCUUCGAUUCCACCAUGCUCGAGAGAAGGAGACCCUGAAGGAGAACCCUAGCUUCUCUUCCUCUCUUCUUCUCUUCAGUCAUCGCCGUCGCAGGGUCGCCGUCGCUGGGUCGCCGUCACUGCCUCGCUGGGUCGCCGUCGCCGAGGAGCAAUCCAUUCACCGAGAAGCAGUCCUGUCACCGAGCAGCAGUCCAGUCGCCAAAAAAGACUCCAGUGGCCGUCGCAGUCCAACUCGAGCGCCGAGCAGCACUCCUGUCACCAAGCCAUCUCCUGCAGAAAGCAACUCCACAAUGUCUUCUUCGGAGAAAUUGCACCAACCGGAGAAGAUGAGGAUGAGUCUGGUGUGGAUUCAGAUUAAGCAUGCUGGUUGAUUGGCUGUUUGGUUUUUAUUUGUUUUAAAGUGACUGUUGUGGUUUAAAGUGUGUUUAUUUUUGUUGUUUUGCUA